AUGGCCUGUACAAAAGAUUACAGCGUCGAUAUGAAGGAUUUAUUAAGUUUGCAAAAACUAAUAAUUCCCACCAAGCCGGAAGUCAAAUGUUUAUUGGCAUGUGCCUAUAAGAAGGCGAAAACUAUGAAUAGCAAAGGAUUGUACGAUCUAGAAGCAGGUUAUAAAAUUGCGGAAAUGACGAAAAAUGGAGAUGAGAAAAGAUUGGAAAAUGCAAGAAAAUUAGUAGAUAUUUGCGCAAAAGUAAAUGAUGAGGAAGUCAGUGAUGGCGAGAAGGGGUGUGAGAGAGCCGUACUUAUAUUUAAAUGUCUUACGGAAAAUGCUCCAAAGCUUGGAUUUAAAAUAGAA